AUGGCCCCUCGUCCCAAGAUCUUCCUGAUGCGACACGCAGAGGCCAAGUCCAAAGUUUGGGACUACAAACUGCACGAAUGCAUCAAGCGCGAAAAACUGAUCGACCCGAAGCUCACGAAGCGGGGACGGAAGCAGUGCAGACACCUCGCUAGGCACUCCAGACGCGGAUACUGCGACGCCGUGACGCACAUAUUCUCGUCACCGCUGUCUCGCGCGCUCACCACGGCCUGCUUGACGUUCACGAACGCGACGGCGAGGGGGGUGCGCAUCGUUGCGCUUCCGGAGUUGCAGACGAUGGGCACGAAGCCCAAUGGGAUGGGCCUCUGCUUGCGGGAGCUGGAGGCGAAAUACGGCGAUGGUGGUCACGAUGAUAAUGGUGAUAAUUGUGGUGAUGAUGGUGGUGAUGGUGGUGAUGGUGGUGAAUGUGGUGAUGUGCCGGCGGAGGGGGCGGACAUGUUGUCGACGUCAGCCACGCAUAGGUUCCGGGGCCGAGUCGACUUCGCGUCCGUGCCGACGGACUGGAAUGAUGCCGCGCAAAAGACUCCGCUUUCGGGAGGCCGCUACGCGUCGGUGGAGGAGAAUAUUCGCGUCGUGAAGGAGAGGUUGGCGAGCCUGCGUGCUGGAUCCGGCGAUGGCGACGGCGACGGCGAUGGCGAUGGCGAUGGGGAUGCCAUCGUGGUUGCGGUGGUUGGGCAUUCGAGCUUUCUGAAGCAUUGGGAGGCGGAUGUGGGAUGGGAUACCUUUUAUAUCAGGCCGUGGUUCGCGGCAGCUGAAGAGGAAAAGCCGGCGAGGGCGAUAGAUACCAAGGAGGUCGUGAAGGAAAUUCCUGAGGGCUCGAGGUUGUUCCUCUGA